AUGGGGAAAGAUCGUUGUCUGCACAUCACCACUCUGCAAGCAAAGGACAUCCGUUGGCCAACCUCACUGGGAGCACACGGCUCCGAUGCGAUGCACACGGAUCCCGAUUAUUCCUGCGUUUAUGUGACGAUCGCAACAGCCGAGGGUCCUGUAGGGUAUGGCAUGACGUUUACACUUGGCCGUGGUACGGAUAUAGUGCUGCUCGCCGUCCGUGCCAUGAGGCGUCUUGUCGAGGGUCGUACGACGGCUAGUAUUUUCGAACGUUUCGGACAGUUUUGGCGUGAACUGACGAGCGAUUCGCAGCUCCGUUGGAUCGGGCCGGAGAAAGGUGUGACGCAUCUGGCGGUUGCCGCGAUCAUUAACGCGCUGUGGGACCUUUGGGGUCGUAUGCGUAACGUUCCGGUGUGGCGUCUGCUGGCAGAAAUGGAACCCGAGGAGUUGGUUUCAACGAUAGAUUUUCGAUACAUUGAAGAUGUCAUCACUCCUGAGGAGGCAGUUGCUCUGCUGCGUGAAACGAAAGCAACCCGGGGCGAACGCAUCCAGCAUCUUCUUAAAACCGGAUACCCAGCGUACACAACUCAAAUAGGAUGGCUUGGAUAUAGUGAUGAAACGAUCCGUGAGCUCUGCAGGAAGUAUCUUGCAGCGGGUUUCAAGGCUUUCAAGAUGAAAGUGGGCCAAGAUUUGCAGAACGAUAUAGAACGGUGUAAGCUGGUGCGGGAAGAAAUCGGAUGGGAUAACCAGUUUAUGAUUGAUGCUAAUCAAACUUGGAAUGUCCCAACUGCCAUCGAAUGGGUUAAAACGUUGAAAGAUUUUAAACCGCUGUGGAUCGAGGAACCAACCUCCCCGGAUGAUGUGCUGGGUCAUGCCAAAAUUGCUGCAGCAUUAAGGGAGUAUUCUAUCGGUGUAGCUACCGGAGAGAUGUGUGCCAAUCGUGUCAUGUUCAAGCAAUUCAUGCAGGCAAAUGCUUUCGAGUUUUGUCAAAUAGAUUCAGCUCGCAUCGGAGGAGUAAACGAGAUACUGGCCGUAUAUUUGAUGGCCAAAAAGCUCGAAAUGAAAGUAUGCCCUCAUGCUGGUGGUGUCGGACUGUGCGAAAUGGUACAACAUUUGCAAAUGUGGGAUUACUGUUCUGUUUCGUGUACGAUGGAAGAACGUAUGGUGGAGUUUGUCGAUCAGCAACACGACCAAUUUGUAUACCCGGCAAAGAUAAAUGAAAACGCAUGCUACGUAGCUCCAAGCAUGCCGGGGUACUCUACAGAGCUGAAGGAAGAAGCCAUUGCGCAGUUUGAAUAUCCUCACGGAACAGAGUGGAAACGCAUGUUUGGUGAAGGAAUUUUUACUCAAGAAAAUUACUGA